UGUUCACUCAGGUAGGCUGGCAAAGCAGCACUCACAUAGCGGACGCACAGGUAGCGCUUGCUACACUACUUACAGUUUCUACUGCGGUUGCAAAAUUACUCAUGAUGGAACAAGGAUAUGAUGUGGAGAUGGCAUCUGGAGAGCCCAUAGACCCCAAGUAUUCUUGUCCGGUGUGUCUGACGGUGAUGCGCAAUGCCAUGCAGACGGUCUGUGGCCACCGUUUUUGUAGGUCUUGUAUACUGAGGGUGAUUGGGGACAGACAAUGGGGUAAAUGUCCUGUUGACAAAACAGUAUUUCGAAGAACUGACACUCUUUUCAAUGAUGUGGCAAUCCGACGAGAAAUCUUGUCUCUAAUAAUUAAGUGUAAAAACAGCAAUGAAGAUUGUGUCUGGUUUGGAGAACUCCGUGAAUUAGAGAAGCACAUCAAAGUAUGUCCUAUGGAGCAGAUAGACUGUCCCAUCAAUUGUGGAGCUCACUUUCCAAGAGGGCAGUUAGAGUCCCAUCAGGAAUGCUGUCCCCAACGACGAGUCACUUGUAGCCAUUGUGAACAAGAAGUCAUCUUUUCUCAACUUCAUAAACAUGAACUGCUGCUGUGUGAGAAGUUCCCAGUGACUUGCAAAUUAUGCGGAGAAGCAAACAUACUGAGAAAAGAUAUAUCCAAACAUGUAGACUCUGCCUAUGGUUCUUGUCCUCAGUCAAAUGUGCCAUGCAAAUUCUUUGCUGCUGGUUGUCAUUUCGAGGAUAAGCGAGCAAACAUGCAGAUUCAUUAUGAACAGAAUCUUGAUCAGCACAUGUCUCUGCUGAUGGGCCGUCUGAUUGCAUUAGCUGCUUCUCAUGAUAUACUUAAAGAAGAUUUGGCCACAGCUCAGAGCCAGUUAGGUAGGUCAGAGUUGCACAUCUCUGAGCAUGCUGUUCUUCUGGAGCGACUGAAAGAAAGGACAAUAAGCGGCCGCACCCACUGGCGUCUUAACCUACAAAAUAUGGAACCAGUGCCAGGAAUGGUCUUCAGUCCACCAUUUUACACAUCCUGUCCAGGAUAUAUGAUGCGCCUACGACUGGAUUUUAAUGGUGUUCGUGAUGGAGAGGACUACUACAGCUCUGUUUUCAUUGUGCUGCAACGUGGAGAAUUUGAUGAGGAGCUUCUCUUUCCAUUUCGUGGACAGAUCAAAGUCACACUCCUUACUCAAUCAGGUGGUCACAGUGAAGGAGCAAAGAAUAUUUCUGCAGUCAUCAAUUGCAUGGAGGUACCCCGCAACACUACUGGUGCAGUCAAUUCCCGCAUCAACAGUCGAGGUCAAACACGAUUCAUCAAGAAAACAGACCUGAUGGCACCACCAUACUGUAACAAUAAAAUCAUAUUUUUUGAAAUCGCGAUGGUAGUUCCCUGUGAUUCGUGCACAGGCUGCACAAAUGGUAAUCUCAGUAGACCCCCAUCAGUUAAUCCAUGAUCCAAGCAUACAUUAGUUCAUGCAAGAUAACAUAGUGAACAAAACAUCAGGGUGACCAGACAACAGCUUUUGAUUAAAAGAAAGCAAUGUACUUCAUUACUAAUAUGUAAAAUAAUAGGAAUGCUUUUGUGUCCCUAUAGACAGGUGACAAAAAGAAAGAAUAUACAUUAUGAUUUUAUGUGACAUCUAGAACAUGUAAAAAUCCAGUCUUGACUUUGUUUUUAAUGUUUUAUUUUAAACUCUGUAUUCACAUCAAAGAUGGUUUGAGUGAUUAUGAAUUGGUAUGUAUGAAUGCAAAAUAGAUAUCCUGUUUUAUUUACUUUGGGGAAGUAUUUGUAGGGAGUGGUCACAUUUCUUAAUGCAACAGUCUAAACAUUUCAUAGCUGACUGCAAAAAGUCACUUACACCAAAAGUCAUCUUGCAUCAUAUGAAAAAUCAGCAAUAGGCAAGAAAUAACCAUCAUUAUUCCUUUUUUCCAUCUGUAAUAGUUGCUAGGUAUUUAAGAAGUGUUCGUGUAGUUCUUUGAUUUACCAUUAUAUCAGUUUACUUCAUUUGACAUGCAUCUCCACAUUUUUUUUUUAAUUAUCGUUUUUUUGUAAAGUGAUGGAGAAAGUUGUUUCAAUGUACUCUUAACUGGAUCAAGUACAGUUUAUCUCAAUUUAAAACAUGCAUCCUAAAGUCAUGUAUACAGAUUUUAUUACGUCAACCAAAAUGAUAUUUUGUUUGAAAUGCACUUGUGUUGGUUUUCAAAUUAUUUUAACCUACAGCCUUUUAACACUUGCAUUUUAAAGGUUUCCCAUUUUUAACAGCCACAUUCUUUCAGCCUUUCUCUUUCCUGUAUAUAUGUAAAUAAACAUUUUAUCAAAACUUGCUUUCAGUUGUAUAUAUCUUGGUUGAUAUUAUUUUCAUCAAAUAUAUACUGACGGUUCAAAAAAUCCUGAGAAAGAAUAUGUGGCAGCUGCAGCAGUCCGCAUGAACACCUCUACACCACCUCUGACAACUUGCUUGGAGGGCCACAUCUCUUCAGUGUUAAAAGCCCUACUACUUGCUUUGCAGUACAUUAGCACAACUACAGAUAAAACUUGAUCGUUUCCAACUCUUUUAUCAUCCUUACUUGCAUUUCAUGCUCAACAUUUGGAUCACCCACUAUUAGUGUAGAUUUUUU